ACGUUGAAUCUGCCUCUUUCCUCGUUUACUUGAGUAUAUUUUGAUUUAACGUUUAACUAAUCGUUUAACUUGGUUUAGUCUUACGCUUUAGUGGUCACUCUACUUGUCAAUGUUGUCGAGUUCAGAUCAGAGUUGCUUAAAGUGAUAGAAGUGAAGAUGCGUGCGGUGGAGUGUGUCGUAUUACUUGUUGUUGUUUUAAACUUUGUUUGUGGACAAGAAGAUGUAGAAACAGGAGACAACCUUCAGUACCAGUUCUACCCGGUGGUGGGGAGCUCGUUGCAGUUCAAAGUGCGCGCGCACAAUGAUGCCCACAUCGCGCUUUCCUUGCACCCAACGGAGACGGAUCCUCUGUAUGAGAUUGUCAUCGGAGGCUGGGCCAACUCAAAAAGCGUGAUCAGAAAGAGGGCUUGCUCAUUUCACAGAAAAGAUGAAAAGCCGACACCUCAAUACCUCAGCGAGGAUGUGUUUCGCGGUUUCUGGGUGCAUUGGGACAAUGGGAUAGUGUCAGCUGGGCGCGAGGGCGAGACAAACGCGUUCCUUUCAUGGCGUGAUAAUGAGCCGUUCUCUAUUGCCGCUGCAGGAGUGCACACUGGAUUUGGGUCAAAGGGUGCCUGGAAGUUACAAAAUGCGACUUUUGAAGACAUUGACGUAAGAAAUAAAGACGAGCAUGAAUAUUUAGAAGUGAAAACGGACGAAAAUAAUAAUCAUAAGUACCAGUUCUUCCCCGUGUCGGGCAAUAUGCUGCGCUUCAAUGUGCGCGCGGCCAACGAUGCUCAUGUUGCGCUCUCCAGCCACCCGUGGGAGUCUGGCCCAAUGUAUGAGAUCGUUAUUGGCGGUUGGGCAAACUCUAAAAGCGCAAUCCGACGAAGAUAUUGCAAGCAGCAAGAGAAGAUCGGUCUUACGACGCCUCAGUUCUUGAGCAAAGAUGAAUACCGUGGGUUCUGGAUGAAAUGGGACACUGGCAUCGUUCAGGUCGGGAAAACAGAGGAAGCCAGUCCAUUCUUAUUGUGGCACGACCCUGAUCCUUUCAAGGUCGCUUUCGUGGGAGUUCACACUGGUUUCGGGUCAACUGGCACAUGGAAGAUCGAUAAUGUCCCUUCUGACCCCAAGAAUAUCGAUAAUGAUGUGUUUACGGGAGAUAACGUGCAAUACCAAUUCUUUCCUGUGUACGGCACCUCGACAAAGUUCAGAGUGCACGCGCGGAACGACGCCCACAUCGCUCUCGCCUCCAUACCUCGGGAAUCUGGACCCAUGUAUGAGAUCGUUAUCGGAGGAUGGUCGAACACAAAAAGCGCAAUAAGAAGGAGAACCUGCUUCCCAUGGGAGAGAGAAGAAGUCCAAACCCCAAAUAUUUUAGGCGGCAGCGAAUACCGCGGCUUCUGGGUCAGGUGGGAGAGUUCCACGAUCCUGGUGGGACGCCAAGGCGAAGCCAAGCCCUUUAUGACUUGGCUUGAUCUGGAGCCUAUACCGGUAUCCUAUUUUGGCGUGCAUACAGGCUUUGGAGCUACUGGCUUGUGGGAGAUUGAUAAUGUACAAAGCGGCGAAGGAAACAAAUCUGUGUUACCUACGGGAGACAACACAGAGUAUCAGUUUUUCCAAAUAUCGGGUCGCACAGUGACCUUCAAGGUGCGGGCAAAUAACGAUGCCCAUGUCGGUCUUUUCUCGGAAUCCCGCGAAACAGACCCCAUGUAUGAGAUUGUUAUUGGAGGUUGGGGAAACACAAAGAGCGCAAUCAGAAAAAAAUAUUGCCACCAAAAAGUUGAUAAAGUCGAAGUUUCAACACCAAAUUACUUGAAUGAGAAUCAGUACCGCGGUUUCUGGGUGCGCUGGAAGAAUGGUAAAAUCUCUGUCGGACAGGAAGGUUUGAAUAGACCGUUUAUGUCAUGGGACGAUUUCAAGCCCGUACCUGUGACCCAUAUGGGUUUACACACUGGAUUUGGGUCUACUGGCACUUGGAAGAUCACAAAUGAAUCUCGUAACAAUGCUGAGGAACGUAUUGUAACUGGUGACAACGUCCAGUACCAGUACUUCCCGAUUUCAAGUACAUCGCUGCAUUUCAAAGUGCGGGCCCGCAACGACGCCCAUGUUGGUCUUACAUCAGGGCCCCAGGACACUGACCCUAUGUAUGAGAUCGUCAUUGGUGGUUGGGCGAACUCAAAGAGCGCGAUUAGAAAAAGAUGCUGCCUUCCACCUGAGAGAGAUGAAGUUCAGACACCAGAAAUCUUAGACAACGCCGGUUUCCGUACUUUCUGGAUGAGUUGGGACAAGGGAAACGUUAUGGCUGGGCGGGAGGGAGAAACGAGCCCCUUUUUGAAGUGGCAAGACCCUGAUCCUUUCCCUGUUAGCUACUUGGGCGUGCACACCGGUUUCGGGUCUAGCGGGACUUGGAAACUCGGAUCUUCUACUAUUGAUGAUCGAGUUAGCCACAAGCCGGUAGUAAUCCCGCUUGUGCUGACAGCGGAAACUCCGGCGCUGGCAGUGUGCGCGCCGACGCUGACCCGCCUAUUCACGGGCACCGCCUGUGCAGGGAAGGUCGUCUUCGAGGAGAACUUCGACGCUCUGCGUGAAGAUGUGUGGCAGGUCCAGCAGUACGUACCAAUUGACCACCCUGAACUUCCAUUCGUGUCCUACCAACGCUUCACCGUUUCCGUGAAAAAUGGGUACCUCCGCAUUACACCUGCAUUGCAGCAGGUCCAGCCUGGUUUCACUUACUAUAGUUUAUAUGACUCCUUGGACCUAUAUAAUGGAUGUACAUCGGGACAGUCUUCUUCGUGCCAUAUAGAAGCUAGCGAUGGCGCGUCCAUCAUACCACCGGUGGUGGGAGGUCGUGUCACUAGCAAAUCUAGUUUUGCUUUUACGUAUGGUAUCAUCAGUGUUCGAGCCAAAUUACCUCAAGGCGAUUGGAUUUACCCAGAGAUUCUGCUAGAGCCGCUAAUAAAUAAAUAUGUCUAUGGAACUAAGAACUCGGGGAUGCUGAAGAUAGCGUGUGCACGUGGAAACUUAGAUCUCACAAAAGGCUCUACUCAGUUUGGAAAUAAGGUACUAUAUAGUGGCCCCGUAGUAGAUACAACGUGUCACAACGCAUUAUUUGUCACUAAAGCAUCUAAUAAAUAUUGGGGCGACGAUUUCCACGUUUACUCCGUCAAAUGGACCCCGGAGAGUUUGAUCAUGUCGGUGGAUGGUGAGGAGUACGGUCGCAUCGAGCCAGGGGGAGAUGGUCUGCGCGCGAGUCUGCCAAAGACCUGCGCUGGUCCGCAACAAUCGGGCAUGGCGCCAUUUGACGACCACUUUUAUAUAACCCUAGGGUUGGCAGUCGGAGGCCACACGGAGUUCCCUGACGCUUGCUUGUCAAAGGACCACAAGAAACCGUGGAAGGACCGCGCGUCCAAGGCAACCCUGAACUUCUGGAACGAUAUUGACACCUGGCACGAUACGUGGGAACUGCCAAAGCUAUUGGUUGACUACGUGAAAGUUGUCGCGUUGUGAUUCUUUAGAACUUUAGAACAGGUUGAUCUACUGCAGUAGUACACUUUGAAGAGAUGUUAAAUUAUAAAUUCGUAAUAAAAUGUUUAUCAACUUUGCUAUGUUCGACAUGACAAUAAUUACGCU